GUAAAAUUUUUCAUCACCAACAGGCACAUAAAUGUCGCUCAAAAUCCACUAUUUCCCAGUUCCGGGCCGUGCGGAGGUUGCGCGACUUUGCUUAUCCAUUGGAAACAUCCCUUACGAGGAUGUAAUCUACACGGGGGCCACAUUUGGCGAGGCCAAGCCCAAGUUUCCAUUCGGCCAAGUGCCGGUACUGGAGUUCCCAGAUGGCAAGAUGCUCGCACAGUCGGGUGCCAUUGACCGCUACACUGCGAAGCUGGCAGGUCUGUACCCGGAGGACCCCAUCCAGGCGGCGUUUGCAGACCAGGCCGUAUUCCUGCUGAAUGACUUUACCGACCUGUUCUCGUCCAGCUACAGCCUGCCGCUCGAGGAGAAGAUAAAGGCGCGCCAGGACAUGCUGGCGGGCAAGGGCGGCGAGAAGCUGAAGUUGCUGGAGAAGCUUGUGGCCUCUAUUGGCGACAAGUACCUGGCGGGCGCGAAGCUGUCGUACGCGGAUCUGGCCCUGUUUGUGUCAUUCUCCACCAUGAUCUGCGGCCAGCUAGACGGUAUCCCCAAGGACCUGUUCAAGAACUACCCCGCGCUCAAGGCCUUCCGCAGCAGAAUUGCAACGGAGCCAGGCGUCAAGGCGUUCUACGACAAGAACAGCGAGGGCUUCCGUGCUGCCUUCAAGCCGGACGCGUAAUGCGCUCACGCGCGCAACAUCCGCGACAGAGGUGGCAGGGAGCAGAACCAGGAACAUGGAAGCGCAGCAAGUGGACACCUGCGGGCUGACUAUCAUACGGCUUGCCCUGAGAUGCGAGGCCAGACAUACAAGAAAGCUACCCAGAGCCGAUGGGCAAUUUUCUGAGUACCGGCGGUUUACUUGCUGAUGCGUGCGUACCGUUUUACCAUGAAGUAAUUUGGGGUUGCGUGGAUGAAGGAGCAUUUUUGAUUCGAGCGGCCGACCAAGCUGCAGCGGCCGCCAUGGCCGCCGCCGGCGGCGGGGCCGGGCUGAGAGCCUGAACGGCGCUAGCAGGGCGUGGGGCUGAGGGUGCACGUGGUGAUUGGCGGCGAGUGACGUGACUAAUUUGUUAGCUGCGGGUUAGCACGGACUGUGCACCCCACCCAACCGGCCAUGUCCGGAUUUGCGGGGAUGCCAAAGGCCCCCAACAUAGAGGCGUGUGCUUAGUAGGCGCCCGCGUCAAGGUGGCCCCGGGAUCAGCCCUUUUCCUGCCAUAAGGCAGCCACCUCCUUGUUGAUUCGUCUGCUAUGGUCUACAAAUUAGCUUUGGAUACGGGGCACCCCAAGGCACCCGCCAGCUAGAACAGCUCCCGCCACCUACUGCCACGGCGAGUCGGCGACAGGGACGCGUGCCUGCUGUUGCAGUGUUGCGCCUUGGACGUGCGCAUUAUAUAAGUUGUAAGAGGCCACCUCG